CGCGAUGGAUCUCAAACAAGUGAAAGAGUGGGGCGUGUUAAUUUGCCACUGUUGAUAAUAAGAGCCACUUCGUGCGUCACGGUGCGCUCUCCACCCUGCACGUCAAUUGUUGGCAGUGCAGCAUGUGACGCUCCGUCCUGCACUGUCCUGUGAGCGCUCAGUCAGUACCACAGCCGCACACACACACACACACACACAUACACAUACUCGUGGUGGAUGUAUUCAUGCCUCUCUCCAGAUAUUCUCUGACAACUGCGAUCGCUUAAGCCCGGAUUUUACUGCUGCACAAGACUCACGGACUGAAGCCAAGAACUGAAAUCCAGCAAUCGCUCUUCAGCAUCGCUCUUCCUUUCAUCCCCACCUGACGUUUGGCCUCUGUCACUUCUUCCUGUCUCUCGCUCUCUGUUUCUCUCUCCACUCACCCCCACCCCCACCCCCCUCCUGACCCUCAGCCUCCCUGAUGCCUAAGAACAGCAAGGUGACACAGCGCGAGCAGAGCCAUGAGCACGUCACAGAGUCGGUGGCUGACCUGCUCGCACACGAGGAGCCCCUCGACUACAAGAGCAGCUCCCUGAAUGUCGGAGGGGCUGCGGGGAAGAAAGUCCCUCAGAUAGAGGUCCCUGAAAACGAUGGGCGACCCGCCUGGAACAGCAAACUGCAGUACAUCCUGGCCCAGGUGGGCUUCUCUGUGGGCCUGGGGAACGUGUGGCGCUUCCCUUACUUGUGCCAAAAGAAUGGAGGAGGCGCCUAUCUGGUUCCCUACUUCAUCCUCCUCCUCAUUAUUGGCAUCCCUCUCUUCUUCUUGGAGCUGGCAGUGGGUCAGAAGAUCAGGCGUGGAAGUAUCGGGGUGUGGAACUACGUCUGUCCCCGCCUGGGUGGAAUAGGAAUGUCAAGUCUGAUGGUGUGUGGCUUUGUGGGUCUCUACUAUAAUGUGAUCAUCGGUUGGAGCAUUUUCUACUUCUUCCAAUCCUUCCAGUAUCCUCUCCCAUGGAGUGACUGCCCAAUCAGAAAGAAUGGGACACUUGCCAUUGUGGAGCCAGAAUGUGACAAAAGCUCGGCUACGACCUAUUUCUGGUACCGGCAGACUCUGAACACGACCAGCACCAUCGCAGAGAGUGGCGGCCUCAACAUCAAAAUGACCCUGUCUCUGCUGAUAGCCUGGAUCAUUGUCUGCCUCGCCGUCAUUAAAGGAAUCGCUUCCUCUGGGAAGGUGAUGUACUUCAGUUCUCUUUUCCCCUACGUGGUGCUGUUCUGUUUCCUGGUCAGGGGUUUAAUGCUGAAGGGCUCCGUAGAUGGUAUCGCUCACAUGUUCACUCCCAAGUUGGAGAAGAUGCUGGAGCCGCAGGUGUGGAGGGAGGCCGCCACCCAGGUCUUCUUUGCCCUCGGUCUGGGUUUUGGAGGAGUCAUUGCCUUCUCCAGUUACAAUAAGAUUGACAACAACUGCCACUUUGAUGCCGUGCUCGUCUCUGUCAUCAACUUUUUGACCUCCAUUUUGGCCACACUGGUUGUGUUUGCUGUGUUGGGCUUCAAGGCCAACAUCAUGAAUGAAAAGUGUGUUGUGGAGAAUGCAGAAAAGAUCCUGGGAUACCUCAACUCCAACGUCCUGAGUCAUGAUCUUAUUCCUCCACAUGUGAACUUUUCCCAUCUCACCACGUCAGACUAUGCUGAGAUGUACGGGGUCAUUAAAACGGUCAAAGAGGACAGCUUUCCCCAGCUGGGUCUGGAGCCGUGUGUUCUGGAGGAUGAGCUGAACAAAGCUGUCCAGGGCACCGGCCUGGCCUUCAUCGCCUUCACAGAAGCCAUGACGCAUUUCCCAGCAUCUCCCUUCUGGUCAGUCAUGUUCUUCUUCAUGCUCAUCAACCUCGGUCUGGGCAGCAUGAUCGGCACCAUGACUGGCAUCACCACACCUGUCCUUGACGCCUACAAAGUCCAGAAGGAGCUUUUUACAGUGUGUUGCUGCAUCAUCGCUUUCUUAUGCGGCUUGUUGUUUGUUCAGCGGUCGGGAAAUUACUUUGUCACCAUGUUCGAUGAUUAUUCGGCUGGUCUGCCUCUCACUGUAGUGGUCAUCCUGGAAAAUCUGUCUGUUGCUUGGAUAUAUGGCACCAAAAGGUUCAUGCAGGACCUGGAGGACAUGUUAGGUUUCCGACCUUAUAUUAUCUAUUUCUACCUUUGGAAGUACGUCUCCCCUCUCUGUCUUAUCGUUCUCAUCUCGGCCACUGUCAUCGAGAUGGCCAUCAGCCCACCAGGAUACAACGCCUGGGUUCAAGAGCUGGCUCAGGAACGCUUCCAGAGCUAUCCUCCCUGGGCUCUGGCCAUGUGCUUCGCUCUUAUCAUUGUAGCCAUGCUUCCGCUCCCUGUUGUCUUCAUCGCCCGACACUUCAACUUGAUGUCAGACGGCUCUAACAAGCUGUCUGUCUCUUACCGUAAAUCUAUGAUGAAGGACAUAUCCAACCUUGAGGAGCAGGAUGAGGCUAGAUUCAUCCUUGGAGGCAAACCAGGCGAGGCCCCAUCAUCAGGGCCAGCACGCAAACCCUUCCUGACACCUGGAGGAAACAAACCCAUGGACUCCCUGUCUCCAAACAUCUGCUAUGGUACUAGCUACCAAAAUGCUGCCAUAAGCCCCACCACACCAACUACACCAAGCACACCUCUCACACCAGAGUCUGACUCUUGACUGUUGCCCAGACUCCCCUCUGACCACCCCUGUAGCACAACUUUACCCAUGAGGUCUCCACUGGAGCUCAGCGCAGCUCCAGGAAUCCUCACCACUGCCCUGCUAACGCCACAAAACUGUACGUAGCCAUCCAGUUUAUGAGCACAUGCUUCCAAAAUAACACGAAGGAACUUCAUGAGAAGAUUUCCAGAAUGUUUCCGAGCAUCUGGAAGUUAGAAAACAGGAAAAAAGGGACGCAUUUCACUCCUUUACAAUAAACGAAACUCUGGAACCAGGUUGAGAUUAACAGUGACACACUACAUCUGUAAAUAUUUAAAAACAUCAGGUUUAUGUGCUCAGAAUGAAGUUCUGUUAUCUGAUUUUCUUUGUCUUAGUUUAAGGAUCCCCUAGCAGACACCGACCCCAUAGUAUAACGAAAACGUCUGCACAGUGCAGGUAGUGUGAAAGAAUGAAUGUAGUAGAGUUUGUGAGGUUCUGCUGGUUUCCUAUGUAGCAAUAAUGGGUGUCAAAGCCAUGUACCACUUAAUACACAGCAAGUUUUCUUUAUAUUAGAUGUUAUGCAGUCGACAAGGUGCAGCUGAAAAGUUCCAAAACCACACACGAUUCAGAUUUGGACAAAUUGUUCUUCAAGGUCAUGCUCAGCACAGCUGUGGGAAGUCCCAUUUUCACUCCACAGUGUGCACUGUGAAUUCAAGUCACAACUAAACUCUACUGUAACAUCCUGAAGUGUCUGAGGAAGACAUUCACAGCAAACCACCUGACCUGUGGUGUUUGCCACUGUGUGCUGGCACACAAGGAAUCAAAAAAAAACAAAAAACACUCGACUCUGUAUGUUUAAGAAAAUGACCUUAAAGGUGAGCACUUCCAAAUUAAGAUCAGGUAACGUUUUUGGCCACAGACUCGCAGCUCUGUUCUGAUGCCGUGAGAUUUGUUUUCAUAGGACUAUGCUUUGUAAAAUAUGCUAAGACAACUCUGAAGGCACCUGUUUAUGUUCCAAUCAGACCCCAACUCCACCUCCUCCUGUAAUUUGCGUGUAGAGUCUAUUGUUGUUCAUUUUGUAAAAACAAAAAAAGGUGUAAAAUCACAUUGUACAGUAUAGUUAUAGUAAUGUAACAUACCUUUAAGACUCUGGGUUUUAUUAACCGGGAGAUCAAACCACUGUUUCAUUAUCCAUCACUCUCACGUCUUCGUCUCUGUGCUGUAGAAACACACUCAUUUCAGUUUCUCCACCAAAGAAUUAAAAGUAAACAACAAAACACUUGAAAUCUGUUCCAGAAUAACAGACCUGUUACACUGGACUGCAGUAAAAGUGAACUACAACCCAAAACACAAGGCGGGCACGAAGCACGCAAAGUUUGCUUUUCUCCUCCUUCAAAAAAGCACAAAGGAGAUUUUGACUCACUGAGCACAAGCAGAUUAUUGGCUGUAACUGUCUCAAGCAUUGAUCCACAUUUUAAAAUUAACUCCUGCCGAGACACAUUAUGGGACACACAGCAAUAUAGAUCUAUAUUGGCGCACAAACUCUGUUAACUUUGAACAAAAAAAAAUGAACUUAAAAUAAGAAAAAUAGCUACGGACCAAAAGAUUAAAAAGCAAAAAUCCCAAUUCUGUGAACUUAUCAGCCGACCUGAUAGUGUGCACCUUUGAAAGCCUUAGUCUCCUCAUGCACAGACAGAAAUACACAUGCACACACAUACACACUGCUCUCUGUGUUACAGGCCCUGCCGUGGCGCAGCAGGGCUUACAGUGAUGGUCGCUGACUUGAGUUUAAACUGAGCACAUUUUAAUUCCUAUUUAAAGGAAUCUUUCAUUUAUUUUUUUAUCACAGUAUUUAAAGCCAUGGUGUUUAGGUAUAAAUGGACUAUAUUUAUAUUCCUGUAUAUUUGCUGUUACGUAGGCGUGAUGAAUUACAAAGAUUUAUCUUUUACAAGCGUUUAGUAUGUACACUGUGUAUUUUAAUCUUGUGUGACGCUUAGUGAGUCUGUACAUUUUAGGACUGUUUUGUAGUUUGUGCAGCUGAUUGUGGACAUGAAAAUGAUGCUGGACUGUGGAGCUGAUGUACGGUCUUGUUUAGUCGUGUGUGUCCACUUCAGGUUUAGUGGUCUAAUCGUUCACCACAAGAUGCUCUCAAAAUGUCCUGUUAGCCAACAGGUUCAUGAAAGACUGUCUCUAAAAUAUGUUUAGCGUAGAUGACACAGCAUGCUAACAUCCUGAGCAGAUAUCUUUCCAGAUGUGUACAAAACAUGCAAGCACUUUUUUUUAGGUUGAAAAGAUGGUUGAACCACUCUGAGGUCACCCAUUGAUUUUGGACUUUGUUCAACUUUUUAAGCCUCGGGUAUUUGGACAAGAGGGUGGCAUGCUAAGUUAUAAGCUAAAGUUAGGCAAGCUUGGUUAAAAAGCUGCAUUCAUAAUCUGUACAGCUUCAAUGCACAAUAAUAAAUACCUGCUAAUAAAGCUCAACAACAAGGUUCCAGAAAGUAAAUUUCUCCACAGGGAUUUUAAUUAUGAGCUAUAAUGUUUUAGCCUUCGAAAGCAGACUCACUACGAGCUAUGACAUAAUCAAACAAUGGUGCGACAAUCUGCUCCUGUGGAGCCCAAAAAGUCUGCAUGAGAUGGAAAAGAACUACACUACCCACAAUUCUAAAUUGAAAAAGUGACAUCUCUGAUUAUGGAGGUUGUUGUUACCAUGGAAAUGUUAAAACGAGCAAACAUCAGGUCAUUUAGUGAGCGGUGAUUACAGUCAUUAAUGAAGCACUGUAGCAUACUGAUAAGAUAUGAUUUACUCUGCUACACACAACACAAGCUGCUAAAUACGGCCAGCACUAUCAUACAACACUGUUGUUAACUAUAAACACUACAGCAAUGGAAAGGAUUACAUAUGAAAAGGCUAAAAGUCGUUCCCUGAGGAAUCUGGGAUUUGGAGUGAGUUAUGGGGAUGUGUAGUUCUUUCACCAUUAAGUACUUAUAUACAUAGUCUGGUACUUUUGUCCCGUUUUAUUUUUUCUUUGUACUACAAGGUUUAAAAAAAACACUCUAUUUUAACACUCUUUAUAUUAAGAUUUUCUGAAACAUUACUGAAGGAAACAAAUGGAAAAUUAACUUCUUAAACCAGAACCCUUAAAAAAGUUAGUGUUCACUAUUGAGCUGUGUUAAGAAAGGCCACACCCCUGACUCUAGUAUCCAGAUCUAUUAGAUUAAAAAACAUGUAGCCAACACAGAGUCAAUAAAAGGGAAAUUUAUCCAUAGAAGCAAAGAACAUUUUUAGUGCUUCAAAGGUUAGCAUCUUAACAUGGGAGCCUAUAGGGAUUGACUCACUUUUGGAGCCAGCCUCAAGUGGCCACUAGAGGAACUGCAAUCCUGGAGGUUGCUGUUUGGGUGGUCCACACCUUUGCAAAUUUAUUUAGGGGCAGGUGAAAAAGUGCUGAUUCAAAAACACAGCAUCCAACAAGAAGCAAGAUGACUAUUAUCAGCGUCCUCCAAAACAUCUCCAUCGACAUCAUUAAAAUAAAGUGUCGUUCAUACAGAGUAACGCAACAGGCAUCUCUGGGGUUUUUAUGCACUCAGAAGUAACAUUGAUGAAAUACUCACUUCUACCCACAUCAGAGACAGACAAACACUUUACUGGAAAAAUCAUAUAUAUAUUUACUGGAUGCAAUCUUUUUUGCAAAGAUUGCAUACAGUUUGGGGGGGGGAAACACAGACACAUGUAUCAGGAAUAUGCUGUGUUUUUUUCAACUGCUCUUGAUAUGAAAAAUACCGUUUCCUUUAACAGUGUAAGGAUUCAGAAAUGAAUGUAACACGGUAGGUUUGAUCCACAAAGUGGGAUUUUUUUUCUGUUUGAUUGGUUUUGUUUUUCUCUCUGAAUCAAACAUUUUCAGCUUCCAAGGACAUUUUUCAUCCAAAUGUGCAUGGAGAGACCUGAGCAAAGGGUUUGGCUAAUCCUCCUUUGGCAAUGUUUUUGCCCCCUGGUAGUAGCUCUAUGAACAGCAAGUUGUCACAGUCCAGGAAUUAGUUUUCUGCUGUGUAAUGAGUGGAUCACUAGUGUGGUUACAGAUGUUUUGUGUUUGGUGUGUGAGCCGUUUUAGUGUAAGAGUAUAUCACGCAGACAUCUCUGGUGUGUUCAUGUGUGUAAAUAAUGUUAUGUAACCAAACUAUUCUGGAGAUAGAUUUCAUUAAUGCGAUGUAGAUUAAUGUCUUAAAAGUUUUAGCAGUAAGUAUAACAAAAGUUUAGAAAUGAAUGUGAUCAAUGCACUUUUUUCACAAGACUGCAAAAAGCUAAAGUCUGUUUUCGUUGUCUUGUUUGCAGUACAUUUAAAAUUUGAUGAAAAGCAAUAUGAUGUUAUUUAAAUGACAGAAUAACUGUGGCUGAAAGCAAAUCCUGGCACACAAGUGUCUGUGAAAAGCAAUCCUUAGACAUAACCCCCAACACUGGUAUGUGUGUGUGUGAGAUGUGAGUUUGGCUUGGUGUGUGCAAGGCCUUAGUGAGCACACACUUCAAACACUAUACAGGAGACACAUGUCCCUUUACAGCUUCCCUCUCUUUCCUCUUUCAUUUUAUGAAUGUAUCAUACUGAGAAAUACUGUAAAAAUUGUGACCAUAAAAAAAUUAUUCUAAUAAAGAGUGGACAAGCUGC